AUGGAAUCAGAGAGCAAUUGCCGAUUUUGCAUGAAAAUCUUUCAAGAUGAUGAUAAACAGAUCGUAAUCAACCCCUUUAUCAAGGCACAGUUCUUUUGGAUUACUCAUAAAGAAUUGAAUGUUGAUCUUUAUUCACAAUAUAUUUGUGAAUAUUGUUUUAAUACGAUAAAAGAGUUUGCUGAAUUUAGAGAUGUACUCAUUAAAAACCAGAAUUGUCUAGAGAACUCCUUUAUCUUCGUUGAAGAAAAUGUUGAUCUUAAAAACUCAACAUGGAACAACACUCAGGACUACAACACCAUAAUAGAAGUGUUAAAUGAGGUGAACGACGAGGAUAAAAAUAGCCACUCCGAAACAGAGAUAUUAAUGGAUAAGUUUCUUGAUGAAAAUUCUCAUAAAUCACAAGAACAUUCCCAAAAAAAUCGUUUUCUUGCUGACAGUAAAAUAAACUUGAAUGGAACAAAAUUGUGCUCCGAAUGUGGCAAAGUUUAUAAAUCUUAUUCGUCAUAUCACCGUCACUUUGAAAGAAUUCAUUUGCAAGUAAAAAAUUUUGAGUGUGACUACUGUUCUUAUAGAUGUUACACCAGAGAUCAUAUGGAAAUUCACGUAAAGAGUCAUCUAAAAAUUAAAACACAUUACUGUGAACUUUGUGGUAAAGCAUUUGGCAACGGGAGCAUUCUCCGGCAACAUUUUCUAACACAUCAAAAUAAACGUCCUUAUACAUGUGAGAAAUUUGAUUGCAAUUUCUCAUUUAAAAGUAUUUAUGCGCUUCGAAGACAUCAAAAAACUCAUUCACUAGGAAAGCGAAAAUAUGAAUGUGAAGUGUGCAGUUCAAAGUUCAAUGACAAAUGGCAUCUUGAACGACACAAACAAACUCAUGAAAAUGCAGAAAUCUCUUGUGAAAAAUGUGGGAAAUUUUUCAAAAACGUUUACAGACUUGAAGCACAUCAAGCAUAUCACAACCCGCCUCAAUAUCAAUGUGAAUCAUGUUCUAAAGAGUUUUUUACACGAUCAACUUUAAUUUCACACUUAAGGACCCAUUCAGAUAAAAAGAAUUAUGAUUGUUGCUCAUGCGAUAAAUCUUAUUACAAUAAAUCACAUCUAACCCGUCACAUCAAGAAAGAACAUUCUACGAAGUUAAAUCAAAGUCAAUGCAAAAGAAAGAGAAUCAAAAGUUGA